AUGCAGACAUGGGGUAUCCAAUGGUUUUGCUUCAUGGAAGACACGGGGUUAUCAAGUCAGCUCCCACCGGGGCCAUAUACUAUCCACCAAGGACAACUGUACUACGUACGCCGAGUGUACAGUGAUGAUAAGUAUGGAUUCUUUCGGGGCAUAUGGCACUCUCAUCAUUCCCACGGGGAUUUCCUCGAGCUUCAUAUUUCUGGAGAUAGGUAUCGAUCCUUGGGAGUUGCCGUUCCAUCGAGAAUACACUCACGUCCCUCGCAAAACACACCUUUGGACGGCAGUAGAGUAGCCGUGAAAGAUAAUUUUGAUCUCUGUGGUCUGCGCACCUCCAUUGGGAGUCUUUCUUACUACCAGCUGUAUCCGCCUAGCAAAAAGACUGCCGAAGCAGUUGAGAAAUUGAUCUCCAUGGGCGCGGAUGUCGUUGGUAAGCUCUCCAUGAGUGCUUUUGCACUGAUGGAACAUCCAAUGCAGAGUGUGGAUUACCAGGCGCCUAUCAACCCUCGGGGAGAUGACUACCAGAUACCAGGCGGCAGCAGCAGCGGUGCUGGGGCUGCUAUAGCGUCCUGUGAGUGGUUAGACCUUGCACUAGUGACUGAUACCACCGGAAGCGCGCGCAUUCCAGCUCUUUACAAUGGAUGCUUUGGCCUACGACCCAGCUCGGGCAUAAUACCAAUGACAAAUACCAAAACAGUUUACCUGGAGUUCGACACGCCGGGGCUGAUGGGACGUGACUUGUCUCUCUUCCAUCAAUUUUUACAGUCCUGGGGCCACUCAGAGUCCGCAAGAAAGGUAACUCCGGGGCCAUUCAGAAUUAUUUUUCCUCGGGACUUUCGAUCAGUAGCAAGUGACAAGCAGCUGAAAUUAUUGGAUUCCUUUGCUGGUAAUCUAGCAAAAGUUUUGUCGGCCAAAGUUGAAGAGAUCUGCAUAGCUGCAGACUGGACUGCAAGCCCACCGGAGCAAAGCGAAAGUCUUGACGUAUUCCUCCAUGAGGUGAGAGCUCUAAAGAACAAGCGGGAACUGGGCAAGAAGGUGAAACCUCAGGAAAACCGAGAAGCCUUGCGCAGAAUCAAGGUGUUUCGCGAUUGGUUCCUCCAGAGAUACCUGUCGACUGCGACCGAAAAUAUCUUAUUUAUCCUUCCAAUAGGCAAAGUUGGCCCAAACUAUCGCGAUCAAUACCCUGGCCUCCCGGCGGUGCCAUCCACAGGCCUCACUGCGACGUCUCUUAGCCCUUCAAUAGGUGCCCCUGAACUGACUGUACCAAUUGGCGAAAUUCAGUACCAUUCCAGAAUUACUGAAAAUAUGGAGACUCUCCCUGUCAUGGCUGGGCUCAUGGGUAUGCCAGGUGCAGAUAGAGAGCUAGUACAGGUGGCCCUGUAUUCUCUUGAGAAAUUAAAUCUACCAACCAGAAUCCAGACCGGCAAAUCGAUGUUUGGGGAGCAAUAA